AUGGUUAGAUUCUACAGUAAUGAAGGUCGCACAAAGGCAAUUGAAGGGGGAGUGCAGAUAUUUGAUCGAAAACCAGUGAUAAUUAAGCCAUGGAAACCAGAAAUGGAGAUAACCAAUGUAACUGUGGAGAAGGUACCUAUAUGGAUCAGAUUAGUGGGCUUAGAUCUAAAAUACUGGGGGCAAGCAGCUCUAACAAAAAUAGCGGGACUGGUGGGGAAACCUGUGAAAGCUGAUACAGCAACAACAAGAAAGGAGAAGGUCAUGUAUGCAAGGGUGAUAGUGGAGACCAGCAAUGCAGAAGAGUAUAACAAAAAACAGAACAAGGAAGGAAAGAGUGGAAGCCUGUGGAGAAGAAAGAACAAAAGGAAAAGCCAGCUAUAG